GCAACAUGCUCUCCAGCCUGGGGUGUCUGCUUCUCUGUGGAAGUGUUGCCCUUGCCCUGGGAAAUGCACAGAAAUUGCCAAAAGGUAAAAGACCAAACCUGAAAGUGCACAUCAACACCACCAGCGACUCCAUCCUCUUGAAGUUCCUGCGUCCAAAUCCCAACGUAAAGCUGGAAGGCUUUCUACUGGGAUACGGCAGCAAUGUGUCCCCAAACCAGUACUUCCCUCUCCCCACAGAAGGGAAAGUCACUGAGGCUGUCGUAGAUGCGGAGCCGAAGUAUCUCAUAGUCGUGCGACCCGCUCCUCCUCCCAGCCAGAAGAAGUCAUGUUCAGGCAAAUCUCGGUCUCGAAAACCUCUGCAGCUGGUGGUUGGUACGUUGUCGCCAAGCUCAGUCUUCCUGUCCUGGGGUUUCCUCAUCAAUCCGCACCACGACUGGACGUUGCCAAGUCACUGUCCCAAUGACAGAUUUUAUACAAUUCGAUAUAGAGAAAAAGAUAAAGAAAAGAAAUGGAUUUUUCAACUCUGUCCAGCUACUGAAACAAUUGUGGAAAAUCUCAAGCCCAACACGGUUUAUGAAUUUGGUGUGAAAGACAACAUGGAAGGUGGAAUUUGGAGCAAGGUUUUCAACCAUAAGACUGUUGUUGGAAGUAAAAAUAAAGUAAAUGGGAAAAUUCAAAGCACUUAUGACCAGAUCCAUACAGUGCCAGCAUAUGUCCCAAGGAAGCUCAUCCCAAUAACAAUCAUCAAGCAAGUGAUUCAGAAUGUUACCCACAGGGCUUCAACCAAAGCCCCAGACAAGACUCCUUUUGGAGGAACAAUUCUAGUUCAUCUUAUUAUUCCGGGACUUAAUGAUUCCAUGGUAAAACUUCCCACAUCCAUAAUGCUUGAGAUUUCGGAUGCUCUCAAGGCACAAUUAGCCAAGAAUGACACAUUGGCAUUACCAGCAGAAUCUAAAACACCAGAGGUUGGAGAGGUUGCAUCCCAGCCAGUAACAGUGACUCCGGAAACAGUUUCAAGAAGCAUUAAACCCACAGCGUCUAGCGUGUUAGACACCUCAGAGACAGCACUGGCCCUCAAUGAGAAGACCCCAGAAACAGCUCAUUCUGUUCUAAUGCCUGAGUUUGAAUUGCCUUUGAGCACUCUAGCUCCGAAAAGGUUUCCAGAGUUUCCCGAGGCAGAAGCAGCCUUCCCUUUGGAGAAACCAGGGGGUACCUUGGUUUCAAGUGAAGAGCAGUGGGUGGCACCUGGAGUUAAAACAUCUGGAGAUUCCAAAUUUGUACAGCCUCCAACUGCAACUCAUGAUGUUAUCUCAAGCUCAACAACUCCAGAUGAGACUGAAAUAGAGCCCCACACAGCAACAAGUGAGCCUAUUAUGGACUCUGUCCCACCUAAAACUUCCAGAACUCCUGAACAGCCAAGGGCAACACUGGCUCCAAGUGAAGCAUCAUUUGACCCUCACAAGGUGGAAAUCUUCACCAGUCCUGAAGUGCAGCCUACAACCACUGCUCCCCAGCAAACUACGUCUAUCCCCACCACAUCUAAACGACGCUUCAGACCUAAGCCACCGCCCAAAAUCAAACCUGCCCCAGAGCCUGAGACUCUACCGUCGGCACAGUCAACGAAGGCUCCAUCAAAGACCAAACGACCAGGCCGCCACCGCCUCCGUCCUAAAACCACACGUAGUCCAGAAGUACCUGAGUCCAAACCCGCUCGGGAACCUGCCACUGUACCACUGGUACCCACAAUUGUUCCCAAACUGUCCCAGAGACCCAAAGCAACACGCAGGCCAGAGGUACCCCAAAUCCAGCCUGAUUUAAAACCACCAAAGCAAUUGCUUCCUAAGCCCAAAGCCACACCUGACAUGCCACCAACUAAAUUCGCCUAUGAGCAGCCUGCUACACUUGGAACUGGAGCCUCUGCCCUAGCCAUAGUUACUACCACAGACAUUGAACCUGUAAUUACGAGAACCAAGGCUCCAGUGACAACAUUAGACCCCAUAACACCACGACCAAGAACUCGCCGUCCACGCCCUUCUAUUCAUAAAGCCACCCCACGGCCAAAGAUACCUCAGACUAAACCAGCAGACUUGGCACCUAUCACUCCUGAGCCAUCUUUAGCUUCAACAACAACAAAAAAAGCCCGCCGCUCACGUCCCAAACAUAAAACCACACCCCAUCCAGAAGUACAUCAGACUAUAUUGGUUCCUGCUACAACACUUGAACCAGUUAUUAGAACUGAGGCUCCAGGAAUGACCUUAGCUCCCAAACUGCCUCAACAACCAAUCCAUCCACAUCCAAAACCUAAAACUACAAGGAGUCCGACAGCACCUCAGACAGAACUGGUUUCUACUCCAGUCUUUGAACCAGUUACUCCUUUAAAAGAGUCUCCAGUGACCACAAUAGAACUUGAACCUGUGACACUCAGAACGGAGACUUGGGUGACAACAAAAGCUCCUAAAACAUCAAAAUGGCCCCGCCGUCCACGCCUCAAACCUAAAACCACACCAGCUCCUCAGGCGCCUCUAACUAAACCUGUUGCUGCUACAGAUCUUGAACCCAGUGCUCUUAGAACCGAAGCUCCUGCGACUGUGGUUCCUGCUACAGCCCUUGAACCUGUCACUCUUAGAACCAAGGCUCCUGACACAACAACGUUAGCCCCCACUGAACUGCAAACUCUUGUUUUGAAACCAGUGACUUCACCAAGCCUAGAAAUGACACAAAGUCAAUCUGUUUCUGAUGACCUGGAAUUGCUUGCGUUUAGUACUGAGUCACCACAGAAGACAAUAGCACCAGCUGAAACAGAUUAUGUAGAUACCACUAUCAAAGAACCUCUCAGGCCAGAGGAGCCAAGGACAGAAGUUGUGGAGUCUCUUACACAUGUGUCUGAGCUUCCUGAGACCAUGCUAGAAACAUCACCUCUGCCCUCCCAAACUAUAGUCCUACCCAGACCAGAUGAACCUCAGAUGGAACCUGCUCCCCGGCAGACACCCGGUACUCCUCCCAAGCUCAAAACAACACCACGCCCACGAAUGCCACCACAGCCGCCAGUUCCUAAGGGGUCCCAGCAUACUACUUCAAAACCAAAAAUGCCACCAAGUCCUGAAGGGGCAGGCACAACAUCUGUUCCAAAAGAUGAACAACUUUCCCAUAAAGCAGACCCUGAGGUCUCUCACACUGAAACUGUCCUGCUGCCUGUCACCUUUGGAGCUGAGCCACUGAAGACAACAAUAGCACCUUUAGAGACACGGAACAUUCCUUUCAUACCUGUGAUUUCACCACGACCUAGUCAAGAAGAACUACAAACCACCCUGGAAGAAACAGACCGGUCUACUCAGGAGCUCUUCACAACUAAGAUUCCACGAACAACCAAAUGGGCAAAGACAACUCAGGCACCACACAGAUUGUACACGACUCCCGUGAGGCCCAGAAUACCUGACAGACCACAUGCCAGACCUGUUCUGAACAAAACAACCACGAGACCUGGUAAAACCAAACCCAGAGGAAAUGGAGUGGGAACAGGAACCAAGCAAGCACCUAAGCCACCAAGUACUGGGAGAAAUGUGUCGGUGGACCCACAUGCCAUAAAAAAACCAGCUGCAAUUCCAGGGACUCAUAGCCCACCCAUGCCACCUAGAACUAAACCUCCCCAGAGAAAACCUUUACCACCAAAUAAUGUCACCGGAAAGCCAGGAAGUGCAGGAAUCAUUUCCUCUAGCCGAGUAACUUCCCCACCCCUGAGGGCAACGCUCAAACCCAUUGGAACAGCUGCGGAGAGACCAGAGGCAGGGAAAAAGCACCCAACCACUCCUGCUUCCGAAGAAGAAAUCGGUAAUACAACCGAUUUUAGCUCAAGCCCAACAAAAGAAACUGAUCAUCUUGGGAAGCCCAGAUUCACAGGCCCCCAUGUGCGAUAUAUCCCGAAGCCGGACAACAGACCCUGUUCCAUCACCGACUCCGUCCGACGGUUCCCUACAGAGGAAGCCACAGAGGGGAAUGCCACCAGCCCACCACAGAACCCACCCACCAACCUCACUGUGGUCACUGUGGAAGGCUGCCCCUCGUUUGUCAUCUUGGACUGGGAAAAGCCACUAAAUGACACCGUCACUGAAUAUGAAGUCAUAUCCAGAGAAAAUGGGUCAUUCAGUGGAAAGAACAAGUCCAUUCAAAUUACAAAUCAGACCUUUUCUACAGUAGAAAAUCUGAAACCAGAUACAAGCUAUGAAUUCCAGGUGAAACCCAAAAAUCCACUUGGUGAAGGCCCCGCCAGCAACACGGUGGCAUUCAGUACUGAAUCAGCUGACCCAAGAGUGAGUGAGCCAAUUUCUGCAGGAAGAGAUGCCAUCUGGACCGAAAGACCCUUUAACUCAGACUCCUAUUCGGAAUGUAAAGGCAAACAAUAUGUUAAAAGAACAUGGUAUAAAAAAUUUGUCGGAGUACAGCUGUGUAACUCUCUCAGAUACAAGAUUUACUUAAGUGACUCCCUCACAGGCAAAUUUUACAACAUAGGAGAUCAGAGGGGCCAUGGAGAAGAUCACUGCCAGUUUGUGGAUUCAUUUUUAGACGGUCGAACAGGACAGCAACUCGCCUCUGACCAGUUACCCACCAAAGAAGGCUAUUUCAGAGCCGUUCGCCAGGAACCUGUCCAGUUUGGAGAGAUAGGUGGUCAUACCCAAAUCAAUUAUGUCCAGUGGUAUGAGUGUGGGACCACAAUACCUGGAAAAUGGUAGACGCAGCAAAACUAUUUCCAAAGUACUUCUGGUUCACUAUCGCAAAAAGGAAAACAAACAGGAAGGAACCCGCUGGAAAUAUUAUGGUAUUUGUCACACCCAUUCAAAGCUAUUUUGUUUACUAUGUAUAAAAGUUUGCAGUCUAACUGAUAGCAGUACUAGAUGUUUAUUAUUAGAAAAGAUUACUGAGAAUAUUUAUCAGGUUUUACAAAGUCAUUUUAAGAAAGCAAGAUAUUAACAUUAAUAGAAUAACAUUUUUAGGGAAGCUGGCUCCCUAUUCAUGAUAUUUUAAGAGAUCAUUUGUAUAUUAUUUAUCACACUGUUGUAAUGUUUUCAGAUACUUUUAUAACAAAAUUAAUGUCAAAUCUUUAAUAUGCUUUAUAAGAAGUAUUUACUUUAUUGAUGUGUACGUGUUGUUGGUGAGUUAAAUCCAUAAAUCUCUACUUGGUUUAACUUAUUGGAUCAAAUAAUCUUCAGCAUAUACAUGUGAGAGAAAGUGGUUCUAAUAUUUACAUUUAUGUAAACUUCAAUUUUUUAGCAUCAGAUGAACAGAUUUUGAGUUUAAAUAGUUAUAUAUUCAUGCUAACUUUUCUGUAAGCUACCAGCAAAUUACUGAAAAGAAAAAUCUGAAUCUGUAUUAAUUUUAUUUCAGCCAGAAGCACCUGAUAAUCUGAUAGUCAAAUGAUAAAUUUUGGUGUUUUUUUUUUCAGUACCCAUAAUAUUAUAUCUAAAAAUACUUUCUCAAACUCUUCCUUUAAGCCUUUCUUUUAAACUGCUCUAUGGUUCUAAUUCAAGCUGUAUGUAGAGAUUGAGUGUGAAGUCAGCAUGAAGAUACUGCAUGGUGAGAUGCUAUGGUUGUAUAGGAUAUAUUAUAUAUUUAUAUGUUAAGGCCAUGAAUGAAUGUAUCACAGGUUGUUUUUGUGAAACUGUUUGCUUAAGCUGUAACAAAACUGACUCAUUUUCAUGAAGGAGGAAAAAAAAAAAAGGUAUUGCUUUCCUUCAUAUGGGGGAGGGAGCAAGAAUAUUAUUGCCUGUCCUGAAAAGAUGUUUCUGUGUGUAUCUUUCAAUAUGCUUUAGUUUCAUCAACGCGACAUUUUGUAUUUUUCAAGCAAAUAUAAGCUCUGAAAUAAAAAGAUGUAGGUUUUUAAAAAAAUAUUAUUGAAAUAUUCUUAAUAUUUCGCCAAUAUGUACGUACACCUUUAUCUCCAUAAGGAAAAUCUGAAAAAUAAGGUCUACCAAGCCCCUAUUGUGUUUACAUUCUAAGCUAAUCAAGUUUGUUACAUACAUUUCUUUCU